GAAAUUUUUAAAAUCCAUAGCGGAAGUUUUUGCAAUAUCAUUAAAGCAAUGAGUAUUCAUAUGCUAAAAUCGCCUUUAAGGGCUAUUCUUUUCAAUAAAACGGUUCUUCAAAAUUCAAAUUUAAUCUAUAAAAAUGAAUUAUUUUCAUCUAUAUACCUUUUUGGUCAUGCAAGAAAUUAUGCCAAUGAAUCUGUCAAAGGAGUUGUUAUAGGUAUUGACCUGGGAACUACUAAUUCAUGUGUUGCCACAAUGGAGGGCAAAACACCAAAAGUUUUAGAAAAUGCUGAGGGGUCCAGGACAACUCCAUCUGUUGUAGCAUUUACAAAGGAUGGUGAAAGACUGGUUGGCAUGCCAGCUAAGAGACAAUCUGUAACUAAUUCUAAAAAUACGUUUUCUGCUACUAAAAGAUUAAUUGGUAGAAAAUUUGCAGAUCCCGAAGUUCAGAAAGAUAUAAAAACAGUUUCAUAUAAAAUUGUCAAAGCAUCAAACAGUGAUGCAUGGGUAGAAGGAAAUGGUAAAAUGUAUUCUCCUAGUCAGAUAGGGGCCUUUAUACUUAUGAAAAUGAAGGAAACUGCAGAGAAUUAUAUUGGUCACUCAGUUAAAAAUGCAGUCAUAACUGUACCCGCAUAUUUCAAUGACUCCCAAAGACAAGCAACCAAAGAUGCCGGGCAGAUAGCUGGUCUCAAUGUGCUGCGGGUUAUUAAUGAACCCACAGCAGCCGCUUUAGCUUAUGGACUUGAAAAAUCAGAAGAUAAAAUCAUAGCCGUAUACGAUUUGGGAGGAGGCACCUUCGAUAUAUCUAUCCUGGAGAUACAGAAGGGGGUUUUCGAGGUUAAAUCGACUAACGGAGAUACGUUUCUAGGGGGCGAAGAUUUCGACAAUGCGCUCCUGAAUUACUUGGUUCUUGAGUUCAAGAAAGAGCAAGGCAUAGACUUGCACAAGGAUAACAUGGCCAUUCAACGACUCAAGGAGGCUGCCGAGAAAGCUAAAUGCGAGCUAUCUUCCUCUGUUCAAACCGAAAUAAACCUGCCUUACCUGACCAUGGAUUCGGGCGGUCCCAAACACAUGAACAUGAAAUUGACCCGAACCCAACUGGAAAAGGUCGUGGCCGAUCUGAUCAAGAGAACCAUCGGUCCUUGCGAGAAAGCCCUCAAGGACGCCAACGUCAGCAAAAGCGACAUUGGGGAAGUUCUACUGGUGGGUGGGAUGACGAGAAUGCCCAAGGUUCAACAGACGGUUCUAGAAAUAUUCGGACGGCAGCCCAGCAAAUCAGUUAACCCCGACGAGGCCGUAGCUCUCGGUGCCGCCAUUCAGGGGGGAGUUCUAUCAGGUUCCGUGACGGACGUUUUGUUAUUAGACGUGACACCUCUCUCUCUCGGGAUAGAAACACUCGGUGGGGUGUUUACCAAGUUGAUCAAUCGUAACACCACGAUACCCACCAAAAAAUCUCAAGUAUUUUCGACAGCCGCAGAUGGCCAAACGCAAGUCGAAAUCAAGGUUCAUCAAGGGGAAAGAGAGAUGGCUGGCGACAAUAAAUUGCUCGGACAAUUUCAAUUGGUCGGCUUACCUCCCGCCCCCAGAGGCGUGCCCCAAGUAGAAGUCACUUUUGACAUAGACGCCAACGGCAUCGUUCACGUAUCGGCCAGGGACAAAGGGACCGGAAAAGAACAACAAAUCGUCAUUCAAUCUAGCGGAGGUCUAAGCAAAGACGAAAUUGAAAACAUGGUCAAGAACGCCGAAAAAUUCGCCGUCGAGGACAAAAAGAAAAAAGAUACCGUCGAGGCUGUCAAUAUAGCCGAGGGCAUCAUUCACGACACCGAAAGUAAGAUGGACGAAUUCAAGGAGCAAUUGCCCCAAGACGAAUGCAAGAAAUUGCAAGAUUUGAUUGCUCAAGUCAGGACGAAGUUGGCGGAGAAGGAUAAGGAAACGGCGGAAUCAAUCAAAUCAUCUACCAACGCCCUGCAACAAGCGUCCCUCAAGCUCUUCGAAAUGGCUUACAAAAAGAUGGCUCAAGAGAAAGAAAGCAAACAAUCCCCUCCCUCGGAUAGUUCGAGCGGCACAAGUGGCAGCGAUUCCGGGACCGAAUCGCAACAGGAAGGGAAGAAAGAGGAAAAACAAUGAUCACUUAAAAAAAACAUUUGAACCAUUUACACCUUACGAAAUGAUUGAAUAAUACUCCUUUCAAUUUUCCUUUUCCCAAACAUCAUUUUUUAUUUAACAAAUUUAUAGUCAUUUUUUGUUUUUUUUUGCUUUCGAAGACUUUUUGAAAGCAAGAUAAAGUUAAAAUUGAUUGCAAAUAAAAAUUAGAUUAAUUUUUUU